AUGCCGGGAAGAUUGAAUGGUGUUAUCAUUUGUGAUACAGCAACAAAGAAAGCAAAAGCACUGGGAAUUAUUAGAAAGAAAAAUACUUUAUUCGUGGCUGAAGUAAAGGGUCACAUUGAUGAAAAAUACAUUAAUGAUUACAUAAACUUUUUACCAAUAAUAAGAAACUUAGAUAUUAUCACAGAUGAAAAAACAAUUGGCAGUUUUAUGUAUAAUUACAUGAAAUCAAACAAUCUACCAGUUGACCAGAAACAGAGAAACUUAACUCAGUUAGCAUCAACACACAACCAAUAUCAACCAUUUUCUUCUUAUUAUCUAUGGUAUCUAAUAGACAGAUUUCAUUUUAUCAUCGAUGAUAUUCAAUCAAUUUUAACAUUUACGAAAAACACUUGUUUUAAUGAAUUUGCGAAUGAAUUUAUGAACGAAAGACAAAAGGCUGAAUUAGAAGGAAAUAAAGGAAAAAGUUUAUUUUGCAAGAUUUCACUUAAUGGAUCAUAUGGUUACGAUGCAAUGAAUACACAAAAUUACGCAAAGACUAAAAUAAUGAAUGCACAGAAGUCACGCGUUGCAUGUAUGUCAAAUAAGUUUAAAAACAUAAGAGAAAUAGGAGAGGAUACAUAUCAAGUGAUGCUUAAAGAUAGAUUUUAUAGAUGUGAAACAUGUUUACAAGAGGCAUUCUUCACUUUAGAUAACGCAAAAUACUGGUAUUUGGUUUUCAUUUAUGAUUUUAUGUAUAAAUGCAUGGAUGUUAAUCGUUUUCAUUUCAUUGAAGGUGAUACUGAUUCAUCUUAUUGGGCAAUCGCUGGCGACCCAAAUCUUCCUAACACUCAAGCAUUUCAAGCAAUUGUUACUGAUAAACAAUUUUAUGAUAAAAACAUUUUCAAAUUCGCACCAUUUGAUUUCUUCUGUUUUGAUGAGAAAUUUAAACCUAAAUUAAAGAAUAAAGCUGAAGAAAAAGCACAUGAGAAGAAGUUAUUGGGUUUAGCAAUUGAGAAACAAGGGGAUAACAUGGUGGCGUUAUGUCCUAAAUGUUAUACAUCAUUCAACGGUUCAAUUGAUGGAAGUGAUUUUAAAAAGAUUGCACAAAAAAUGAAAGGUGUUAGUUUAAGACAAAAUAAACAAUUAACACCUAAAAAUUAUUUGGAUAUAAUAAAUGAUAAAUUGAUAUUUGAUGGUCAGAAUAUUAAUUUACAACUUAAAAAUGGGUCAAUGACUCGCUUAACAAUCGGUAAGACUGCAUUAACAGGAGCACACACUAAGGCUGUAUGUUGUGAAAAUGGAUGUUGUAUGCCAUUUAUUUAA